CUGACCCGGCUGGCGAAAAUGCAGACUUUAAAAGACAUCUUAAGAACUGGGCUGGAUCAAACGGGGCUGGAUCAAACGGCCCGUCUCCAGGUCCAGCCCGAUAUCUCUCUUCAACCUGUUCUGUUUCUUGUUCAAUGCGAAGAUCUUCGUAGCUGGGUUCUCUAGUUCGAAGGAAUACUGGAGUAGGGUUUAUCGAGCUUUCCUUCACCAAGAUCGCUGCAUCUCUUUCCAGGUCAGUAUCUUCUUCUAGCUUGUUUCCUUUCUGCUCUUGUAGCGACUCAUCUAGGGGUUUGGUUCAUCUUCCCCAAUCUUCUGUGCAAUUUGAUUUCUUUAUCGUUUGUUCGUUCCUAUGCAUUGCCCAUCAGUUGUUCGACGUUAUGUUCCAGUAGCUUGGUUUGGUGAUUCUUCUCACAGUGCGGAACAGUCUGCCAUUUCUUACCCAAUUGGACUGUUGAGUGGAUUUGAUAAUGGUUGUUAGAUAGAAAUUUGGGAAUUGCAUUACCGAAGGGAUCCAUUUUCGUGGAGAAAUAUUCUAAUAAUUCAAUUGACUUCCUUUGAGUCAGCACAAUUUAAGCUGGUAGUCCUAUGGGAAUCUCUUGCAAAUGGCACUAGUUCAGCCUUUUCUGCUCUGUGGUUUGGCUUUUCUUAUUUAUCUUGGAGGUAGACCAGAAAGGUCAGGUCUUUUUUGCGUAGAUGAAUUUCCUCAUCGUGAUCACUGAUCAGAGUGCUCUCUUUGGAAUGUGAAACUCUGUUCGGUUCUUCUUUAGCUUGGUGGGCAUUAGGCAGCUACCUCUUCUGUUGCCAUCCUUCAUUGUUUCUGUUUCCUCGGACCUAGAUAGAUGGUCUUCCCAAUUGCACUGUGGUAAAUGGAUGCAUAUGAUGCAACCCUGUUGGAGACUUGGAGUUGUUCUCACGUUGAUCUUUCACAAACUGAUGCUUGAUAACAGAUUCGGUCGAAAUGAAGAAAGGAGCUCACCCGCAAAGGCAAUGGAUAUCUUAUGUCACGCAGAGCGGCAGAUUGAUGAAUGUCAUGAUGACCAAAAUACACAACACUGGUAAAGUUUACCACUUCAGAGCAAAGCGGCAGAUGGCUGAAAGUCUGGGGCAGAUUGCCAAGUUCAAGCGUCGCUAUGGUCAGGAGAACGAGGAAGAAACCGAAAAGGGGAAAAAGGAUCCUUCAAAUUGAGAUUCGAGAUUUCAUGAUUUCUGUUCUCUGUUGAGGAAGGCCUGGAAAAUCCUCAGCUUUUGAUCAUACUGCAAUUUAGCUUCCUGGCUUCCUGACUUUCUAUCAGACUAUAAAUGUGGUGGCUGAAGACCACAGUUGCUUCUUGUAAUAGUUAUUUAUAUCAGUUUGAGCAGAAUCAAUAUUUGAAUAUUGGUAGAUUCCAAACUAUUUGCAUAUUAUUACCAGCAGACAGCAGUAAUUGAUGACUAGGAUUUCUUGUAAACUACAUUCAGGAAUCUCUUGAAAUCCAUCCAUUCUUGCAAUUCACCCAUUCCAACUUACAUCCACUUUGAAAACCCAUCAUUGAUACAAUUCAUAAUCAGUCAACUGUGAGAUGAUUCAUUCUUGCUCCUCGCCCAAUUCAUCGAAAUUGUCUUGAGUCGAUAGCUCGAAGCAUUUCUGAUCAGGUUUAAUUGAUGGCAGUUUUCUAUACCUUCAUAUUCUAACGGAUGCAAAAAGAAAAAUGACAGCUUAAUCAAAGGUCACAACUUUCUUACCUGGAUCCUAAUUGAAAUAGGAAAAGGCAAAAGUCGGCUACACCUGGGAAAGUUUGGCGCAUUGAUGAAGUAUGAGAAGACGACUUUCUUCAUGCUUUACCACAUUCCAUGUUUCUUUAGAAAAUUCACAAAUACAGGCAAGAGAAACAGGUUACCUACAGCUAACAGUUACUUGAAUUACCAAAGGCCAAAAACAGCCACCCAGUUAAUAACAUAAUGAGAUUACCACCUUGCAGUACACGACACCCAUGUAUGGAAAACAUGAGUUUGCCGCCUCCUACAAGCUUCUUCUUCUCUUACAAAUCUACAACAUAACUAAAUUGUUUCUAAACGCCUUUGCACUUGUAUAUAUAAAGCUUUCUCAUUUUGGUUGUCCGGGAUAUGUAUCCAAACAACAUAAUAUGCAGUUGGAAAAUGCUCGAGUAGGGGCAACCUUAUUCAUGCCAUUGCUUCUAUUUGUGCUGGCAAAUGGGGAUUCAAUUUCCAAACAAGGACACUACUACUACUACAACGUGUCGACGCACUCAUCACCAUGGCUAAAGAAAGUGAGAAACCAUCACCAGCAGCCUCGAGACCCCGGCUGCUCAAGAGCGCCAUGGAUUUGCAGAGAUCAGGGUGUCAAUCAUCACGACCCACCUGGACCGCGGAUGCAGUGUUGCAGGAACCAGUGUGUAGAUGUGUCGUCUGAUGCAAACAAUUGUGGCUGGUGUGGGAUCAGCUGCCCCUUCACUUGGCAAUGUUGUGGUGGAUUGUGUGUCGACAGCAACGUUAGUCCAUUCAACUGUGGGAAGUGCUUCAACAGAUGCCCCUGGGGAGUUCAGUGUUCUUUUGGGAUGUGUGGGUAUGGCGGUGAUCAGCCACAACCAUGGCCUCGCCCUUGGCCACGACCACCGUUUCCUUUCCCGCCUAGGCCACCAGAACCAUGGCCUCGUCCUUGGCCACGACCGCCGUUUCCUUUCCCACCUAGGCCACCAGAGCCAUGGCCUCGUCCUUGGCCCCAGCCGCCGUUUCCUUUCCCACCUAGGCCACCAGAGCCAUGGCCUCGUCCUUGGCCCCAGCCGCCAUUUCCCUUCCCUCCUAGGCCACCACAGCCAUGGCAACCAGAUCCACCCGGUCACCAUAAGGAAAGAGGCCAUGGAAUAAGCCCUUAAUAAUGGUUAGAAGUUAUGUGUGAUGUUUAUCUUUUAAGGCACACCAUCAGAGUCAGCAGUCCAAAAUAGCUAGUUGAAGCAUUGCUUCUCUUUCUGUGUCACCUCAUGAUGUUCAAGGUUGUCCUUUCUCUGCUAGGUUGGCUGGUCACUGGUGUAUUUUUCUGAAUUUCAAGUUGCAGCAAGAAAAAUAUACAAAACAAAGCGUCUUAGUUGCC